AUGGAUAAGAAGCGGCAAAUUGCGAUAUUCACUACUGCAAGCCUUCCAUGGAUGACUGGAACUGCAGUCAACCCUCUAUUCCGUGCAGCCUAUCUUGCAAAAGACGGGGAGAGAAUCGUCACUUUGGUCAUUCCUUGGUUAUCAUUGAAAGACCAAAAACUAGUAUAUCCCAACAACAUCACGUUCAGCUCACCAGCAGAGCAGGAGACUUAUGUCCGUCACUGGGUUGAUGAGAGGACUGGAUUCAAAUCUGAUUUUGGUAUACUUUUUAUCCUGGAAAGGAGCAUUCUUGCUGUUGGAGAUAUUUCGGAAAGAAUCCCUGAUGAAAAAGCAGAUAUUGCCAUUCUCGAGGAGCCAGAGCACCUUACGUGGUAUCAUCAUGGGAAGAGAUGGAAAAUUAAAUUUCGGCUCGUAAUCAGAUUAUCUGCUGCCACCCAGGAUUAUCCUAAAUCCAUAAUUUGCAAUGUUCAUGGAGUCAACCCCAAGUUUCUUGAGAUAGGCAAGAAAAAGCUAGAGCAACAACAAAAUGGAAUCCAGGCCUUCACCAAAGGUGCCUACUACAUUGGGAAGAUGGUGUGGAGCAAAGGCUACAAGGAGCUACUCGAGCUUCUUCUUGAUAAUCAAAAGGAAUUAACUGGACUUGAGGUCGAUUUAUAUGGAACGGGGGAGGACUCUGAUCAAGUUCAAGAAACUGCUAAAAGAUUGGAACUGGCUGUUAGAGUCCACCCUGGACGCGACCAUGCUGAUCUUCUAUUUCAUGAUUAUAAAGUGUUUCUCAUCCAAGCACCACAGACGUGGUUUGCACCACCACAGCAGAAGCAUUGGCAAUGGUUCCCAAAUUGCCGAACAUAUGACAAUGGUGAUGGGUUUGUUAAGCUCACACGACAUGCACUUGCUGAAGAGCCUGCCCAGCCGACUGAUGCACAGAGGCAUAAGCUUUCAUGGGAGGCUGCCACAGAACGGUUUUUAAGGGUUACUGAGCUAGACCAGGAAUUUACAAGGAAACUGUCAAAAAGUCCAACAAAGAACUUUAUGUCUACCUCAUUGGGGCUGUCGAGUAGCAUGGAGGGUGCAUCGGCAUAUGUGCAUCAUGUGGCUUCUGGUUUUGAAGCAACACGAAGGAUAUUCGGUGCAAUCCCAAAGAGUUUACAACCAGAUGAAGAACAAUGUCAGGAGCUUGGGCUGCCCAUCCCUGCAGUUUCAGGACAUGCUUAUUUGGCUACCGAGGAAUCCAAAUCAAGUGGUGUAGAAGGGUAG